UAAAAAAUAACCACAGAAGAAGAAGAAGGCGGAAGAAGAUGCGCUGGUUUCGUUUCCGAGUGACCUGUUUAGCUUCUCUUGUUAGCACUAGUUAAUAUACAUUUAUGUCCAACAAUGGAAGUGUCUGGUUUGAAAUCAGCAUUUUGUAUUCUUAUGGUUAGAUUUUAAAUCUAAAGACGAAACGCAAUUAGAUAAAAGAGGCAACCGUUUCCAGUGUGACGUAUAGAGAAACAAGCUAGCUGUUGUUAGCCUCUGUGAUUUGGCUUCAUGACAGCGCUUUAAAUGAGUUCUCAAACGUUCACUGCGUUUUAAAAGUCAUACAAGCUGGCUCGCCUCCAUCGACUCUUAACGGAUUCAUGCGUAGACAUCUACAGUUCGCUUUAUUAGGUUGAUAUUUGAAGCUCCAGUGGAUGUUCAGAGUGUCAGGAGGAGACUCUUCACCCCCAUGUCUGCUGAGGCCUCGGCUGGCAGUCAUGCUGCUGACUCUGCCCAUUCUGCUGCUGAUUCCCAGCCCGCCUUUCUUGACACAGACGAGCUCAGGAAUCGAGGUUUGCUGGGGAGCAAGUACGUGAAACUGAACGUGGGCGGCUCGCUGCAUUAUACAACGGUCCAGACAUUAAGCAAGGAGGACAGUCUGCUGCAGAGCAUCUGCAAUGGAAGUACUGAGGUUACAAUAGACUCUGAGGGUUGGGUCGUUUUGGACAGGUCUGGCCGGCAUUUUAGUCUGGUUUUGAACUUCCUGCGAGAUGGAUCAGUACCACUUCCAGAGGACCACAGAGAACUGGAUGAGGUUCUCAAGGAAGCCCAGUACUACCGGGUUCAGGGACUCGUCCAGCACUGCCUCAAUGCAAUACAGAAACAGAAAGACGUCUUUGAAACUGUUUGUCGCAUCCCCAUGAUCACAUCAGCCAAAGAAGAACAGAAGAUGAUUUCCACUUGUAGAAAGCCAGUAGUGAAACUGCAGAACAACAGAGGAAACAACAAAUACUCUUACACCAGCAACUCUGACGACAACCUGCUGAAGAACAUUGAACUCUUUGACAAACUCGUGCUGCGGUUUAACGGCCGGGUCCUGUUCGUAAAAGACGUGCUCGGUGAUGAGAUCUGCUGCUGGUCUUUCUACGGUGAAGGCCGCAAGAUCGCUGAAGUGUGCUGCACUUCCAUUGUUUAUGCCACAGAGAAGAAGCAGACCAAAGUUGAGUUUCCUGAAGCUCGAAUCUUUGAAGAAACCCUCAACAUCCUAAUUUAUGAGAAAAGCAGAGGAUCUGGACCUGGGGGCUUACACCUUUUAGAUUCAAGAGGCUCUGGGUCAUCACUGGGAGCUGGCCAAUCAGAGGAAGAGGGCGCCGUGGGAGGCGACAGGCGAGUGAGACGGAUCCACGUAAGGAGGCAUAUAAUGCACGAUGAAAGAGGGCCCGGUCAGCAGACUGUAUAUAAGGACUAAUAAUGUGAAACAUGAGACAUGAAGGAGUGACUUCACGUGUGUGUGAUUUUUUUUUAUUUUCAUUUUGGAUGCUCGCAGAAUGAAAGAGAUGUCUUUGAUUGUAGCAGUAGCGUUGUAGUUAAUUAUUUGAAUUGUGACAUGAAAGCGUUGAUGACUGAUUUGUAUCUGAAGUAAGAGAGGGAGAAAAAGCUUGUUUACAGGAAAGCGUGUAGAUUACUUAAAUAGGAAAUGUAUUAAGUUACCUGGGAAAUUUAACUGGCAUAGGUAUUUCUUUAAAGAACAUCCAGCGAGUUACUGAUCUGGCCUCAGAAAACCAAACCGCCACACAUGGGUUGACGUUGUUCCUGGGCAGGCGGCUCACUUUUAAUGUGGGUGUUAAUAAUAUGCACUGGUGACCUCCUCUGUGUUUGACUUGUAGGAAAACACUGUGUCCACCCUUUUAUUCAGGUUGUAAAACAUCUGUUGCCUUUUCAUAUGUUGUUUAGAGGACGGUCGAGUUUAGUUAGAUAUGUCAACACUGGAAUAAAACUGAAUAGCCAUUGUUAGAGGGGUUGAGAGUGAGAUUGUUGAGCAGCUCUGUUUUCUUUAUUUAAAUUAUUACUGCUGUUGCUCCAUGAUGUUUUAUAUUAAUUAAUUUAUGAACCUAAUUUAUUGUUUGGUAUUUAAUGUAUUGUUUGUAAUUCUUGUGUUAACUGGUCCUUAAGUGAGUUUUGAAAUGAUAUGAUGCACUCUAAAGCACACAUCACAAUUUGAAUUUAUACCUUGUAAAUGAGUAAAUAGUGAAUUUGCAUUUGGUUCAGUGUUUCAAGAGAAACCGUGACCAUUUCUUUAACAUUGCAUUUUAUUCUGAGCCAUUGUUCCUGACUUUGCUUUUUGUCUUACACCAAAACAUCUACGUUUUUUCAAAAUGAUUGGCCAUACACUGAUUACAGAGGUAACCGGUACUGGGUUGUGUUUGUAUUUCCCUCAGGGAGAGGUUUUCUCCCUCUCUUUUUUACCACUGUCUUGUGCAACCUAAUCACUCUGAAUGAGGUCGAUACAUCUCUGACACCAUUUAUUAAAUCACCUUGAAACCCUGUUACAUGCACUAAUUUAACAGCCGUCCUGUAAUGGUCAUGGGAAUAUUCUGAAUAAAUCACUUGUGCAAUCCCA